GCGUGGGGAUACUCUUGGUGUUGCUUUGUCCAAAUUAACCUCUGAUGUUAAUCCACCCACACGUUAUUGGAAUACCUGGCAACCCACAUGUUAUUCAAAGGCAAGCGCGCGAUAACGAAGAGUGGAGUCGAGUGGUGGUUGUCCAGCUACGUUAACAGAUAUUUAACUUUUUGAAAUUAACUUUAUAAUCUCUUCAGUUGUAGAAUGGUGUAGUUGGGGUAUCACUUUUUAGUACGCGUUAGUCUUUAUUGUUGUCUGUAGCUGCUGAGUUUGAGAGUCAGUUAGGUUCACAUUGGCUAUUAGCAGCUAGCUAGCUAGCUAUUGGUAGUAACCAGCGGUUGUUGCGAGUAACCUUGGAUUGUUUGGAUAUCCAACUAAUAUUAGGGUUAGAAAUCCUUUGGUGAACGGAGGCACCUUUUAACCGUAAACGGACCAACGUUACGCAGCUGUUUACUCGAAAAUGAAAAAGAAGGCAUCGACGUCUCUAUCAGAGAAAGACGACUGCAAUGUUUGGAUUGACACGGCAGAACUUAGGGAAAAGAAACGGAAACGACAGAUGCGUCCUAUAUCUAAACUCCUUAACCCCUUUGCUCGAGGUGGAGGUUAUAGUGUGGCGGUGGCGCUCAAUUUCACGCAGACUAAACUCGACAUGCCUGCUACCAAACAGAGUACCAUAUCCUCGUUCUUUAGCCCUCAGCGCAAAGAGGCUGAGAAGAAGACAACUUUGCCUUUGAAUGGAUCAGACACAGUCCUCAGAUCCGAGGAGAGACAACCAAUAACAAAGCUUGGGUGUCAGAACUCAGCGAAGAACACUGACAUGCUUAUUGAAAGUGAGACUUUUGGUAUAAGUGAAAGAACUUGUGGUGAGAGAUCCGUUCAUGAACGUGAGCGAGACAUUCCCAUGUACUCUAGUAAUUCGAAAAAAGAGCAGAUGUUCCUGCAUUUGAUCAGUGGAUAUGAGUCUGAAGGUGAAGUGGAAGAACCGGAGGGGAAGAGAAGAUUUUCUGAACCCUGUUCCAUCCCCACUGCAGCAUACAAACAUGUACCAGUCCCCCGGCAUUCACAGGUAAAGUCCUGCCUGCCUGUUCCUGAAACGUUGCCCCUGAGCCACUGGGACUACAAUACCCAGGAUUCCCAUUGUCUCAAGACCUUGCGUCAGAAGAAUAUUCCAGUGGAAGCACAAGCUGAUGUUUUUUGUACGUCCCAGACAAAUGAGGGGGAUUUCAGGGCUCAAAUGCACCUUGCUGGGCACACCUCAACUCGGAGAAAGGCCUCACCCACCUUGAGCUCACCCGCUAAGCAUUCUGGGAAAGAAAACUGCCCGUCCAAUACAGUGAGGUGGCAGAAUUUGGGGUGGAAUGGAUCACCACCAAUGAAGAUGAGACCUUCAUUACCCAGCAGCCCUGUUGCUAAAUGUAGGCCACGGGGGACGAAGUGUCUGUCACCGAAGAGGCCGCUCUCAGAAGCAGCACAGGAGUUCAAAACAGACAGCCUGGCCUCGCUGUUCACGCAGGACACUCAGGGCUUUCGGGUGAUUGCCCACAGAAACCACCAAUCAUGGAGCCCUUUGAAGGACCAGACUAACAAUGCCAGUGUAGGAGGAUGGAAGGUACCAUCUGUCGGGGCUCUAGAGGGAGACACAGAUCCAGAGCUGGAGGCAGAGAUGCUGUUCACCCAAGACUCUCAGGGUAAUCAGGUCAUAAAGCACUGAGUAAUCUCCAAACACAGCUAUACGAAAUAUGUGUGUAUUGUAGUACUUAUUUUGAUAUUUUUUGUGUUUCAGUUUCAUGCAUCACAUGUUAUAUAGUUUGUGUCUAUACCUUGAUCUUCAAACAUGCAACUUCAUCUUGAAUAAAGGUUAAAGUAACACUAUUCAACAAUUUGACACUUUUUGAGGUAUGGUUUU